AUCGACAAUCGAGGAACAUCGACCGUGUCAUUUCCGGUCAUCUUCGAUCGGGGGUGUCACAUGCAUGAUCUACUGGAAGAAAGAUGACAAGUUAGAAGAGUGUCGAUUCUGCAAAAAACCACGAUUCAAACCGCAAGGCCGUGGGAGGAAUAGGGUACCGUACCAAAAGAUGUGGUACCUACCAAUUACAGACAUAUUGAAAAUAUUAUAUCAAUCUGAGAGGACUGCUGCGUCGAUGAGGUGGCAUGCAGAACAUGUCCAGAGAGAUGGUGAGGUUGCACAUCCAUCAGACGCAAGAGCGUGGAAACAUUUCAACAAGGUACACGCAGAUUUUGCUACAAAUAUUCGGAAUGUCUAUCUUGGGUUAUGCACCGAUGGAUUUAGUCCAUUUGGAAUGUAUGGUAGACAAUAUUCUAUGUGGCCAGUCAUUCUUACGCCGUACAAUAUACCGCCGGAUAUGUGCAUGGAACAAAAAUUUCUAUUUUUGACCAUAUUAAUCCCUGGGCCGAAGCAUCCAAAACGGUCUCUUGAUGUUUUUCUUCAACCGUUGAUAGAAGAGCUAAAGCAAUUGUGGUCAGAAGGGGUGAGGACGUACGAUUGUUCCUUGAAAAACAAUUUUACGAUGCGAGCGGUUCUGCUGUGGAGGAUAAGUGAUUUUCCUGCUUAUGGGAUGUUGUCUGGCUGGACAACACAUGGAAGAUUAUCUUGUCCGUAUUUUCUUGUAUCCACGGAUGCUUUUCAACUGAGGAAUGGUAGGAAGAGUUGUUGGUUUGAUUGUCAUCGUCGCUUUCUUCCACUUGCCCAUCCGUACAGAAGAAAUAAUACAUUGUUUCGACACAAAAAAAUUGUUACAGACAGUCCUCCUCCAUAUCUCACCGGCCAGCAGAUCGAAGCGGACAUUGAUUAUUACGGAGCUCAGGAAACAGUUAAGGUAGGAGGAAAUUGGCAUGUUCCUAGAAAUAUGCCUGAUGGGUAUGGUGUCUCUCACAAUUGGCAUAAGAAGAGUAUAUUUUGGGAGCUACCCUAUUGGAAGGAUCUUCUCUUACGCCACAAUCUGGAUGUCAUGCAUAUUGAGAAGAACUUUUUUUGAGAACAUCAUGAAUACAUUACUUAACGUCUCUGGGAAGACAAAAGAUAACAAAAAGUCAAGGAUGGACUUACCUGAUAUUUGCUCAAGAAGUGAGUUACAUAUCAAGAGCAAUGGAAACGUUCCUGUUCCCAUCUUCCGGUUGUCAUCAGAAGCCAAAACAACCUUGUUUAAUUGGGUUGCAUCGGAAGUUAAGUUUCCUGAUGGUUAUGUUUCAAAUCUGUCAAGAUGUAUUGAACGAGGUCAAAAGUUCUCCGGAAUGAAGAGUCAUGAUUGUCAUGUGUUUAUGCAACAACUGCUUCCAUUUGCUUUUGCCGAGCUCCUUCCAGCAAAUGUCCAUGAAGCACUUGCAGGUAAUUAUAAAUUUAUAAUAUAUAUACAUAUGUUAUGAAAUGUUAUUAAUUUGAUUACUUUUGCAAUAUAUAUACAGCCAUCAGAGCAUUUUUUAGAGAUCUUAGCACACAUACGUUCAAGGAGAAAGUCAUUGAACAACUUCAUCAGCACAUUCCGAUCAUAUUGUGCAACCUGGAGAAGAUAUUUCCUCCUUCAUUUUUUGACGUCAUGGAGCAUCUAGUUGUCCAUCUACCGUAUGCAACAUUGCUUCGUGGACCUGUUCACAAUGGAUGGAUGUAUCCGUAUGAGCGACAGAUUAAACAUUUGAAGAGGAAAUCAAGAAAUCUUGCAAAUGUAGAAUGUUCAAUAGUUGCAGGGAGUUUGACAGCCGAAACAUCUAACUUCACAUCAUACUACUUUGCUCCAACUGUUCGUACGAGAAAAAGAGUUCCUAGAAGAUAUGAUGAUGGUGAAGUACCGACAUCAUAUCCAAUUGAUGGUGUUCCUGACAUUUUCUGCGAAAUUGGACGGUUUGGUGGUAAAACGAAAGAAGUAUGGUGGUCAUGUGAAGAGGAUAAACAUAGUGCCCACACUUAUAUUCUGCUCAACUGCGAGGAUGCAAUGACCCGUUACUUUGAAAGCAUGUUUGUAUUUCAAGUUGAAGAAGCAAUACCAGGAAUAUCUGCAACUGAUGUGGACACACGUAAAGAUAAGUACUUUGUCAAGUGGUUAAAAUCACAGGUACGUAAUAUAUCUCAUACAUUGAUUAAUUAAGUAAGUGUUUUGAUACUUCAAUAUUAAUUAAGAAAAUCUGCUUUUUGCAGGUUGAUUAUGACGAUCCAUAUUAUCCCGUAUGGUUUCACGAAUUGGUUCAAGGUCCAGUUGCAAAGGUCACCACAUCACCUAUGUAUUUCACAUGAUGAUUUACCUUUCACACAUACAAGUAUGAGAGACAUCAGGCAACGAGUAACUACGGAAUAUGUGUGAAAGGUGAAACAAACUUUUACGGGAUAUUGCAGGAGAUUAUUGAAGUGGAAUUUCCGGGGUUAUUGAAGCUAAAAUGCGUCCUCUUCAAAUGUGAAUGGUUCGAUCCUGUUGUGAACCGAGGGAUUCGGUAUAACAAAUUUGGUGUUGUGGAUGUCAAUUAUGAGAGAAUAUACAACAAAUUUGAGCCUUUCUUUUUAGCUUCACAAGCUGAGCAAGUUAGCUUCCUUCCUUAUCCUCGGCUUCGAACUUCCGGGAUAAACUGGGUAGCUGCUAUCAAAAUUACACCUCGUGGACGCAUUGUCGCUGGAGAAGAACCGCCCUUGCAAGAAGAAGACGCUAUCACUGAAGUUGAGGUACUAGAACAACCAACUGAUGAAAUCCUUUUGAUCUACCCGCAGAACUUUCAAUAUGAAGAUAUUCCCGAAGAUGCGACAGAUGAAGCACGUGAAGACGAGUUCGAGAGAAGCGACGAUGAUGAUUGUAAUGAUAGUGAUGAGAACGAAAAAUGAUUUAGUGAUGUAAUAUACGUAACAAAUGUUGUAUUUCUCUAUUGUAAUGUAUGUUUAAAGAAAUAUUGUUUUUUUACCAUCUUAAUAUAUGUGUAACAAAUGUUGUUUUAUAUAAUUUUUCAUCUUUAGUUUUUAAAAAUUUAUUUGGAGUUUUAGGGUUUAAGUUGGAGAAAGAGUGAGAAGUAGUAAAGAAUAAGAUAUGAUGUUAGAUGAUAUGUGACUUUGGGGUUUAGGGAUUUCAUUCUCGGUGUUUAGGGUUAAGCGUCGUAAACUCCUUGUAAAAAUAACAAGGGCGUCGUAAUUUCGUCGUAAAUAGAAAAAGACGGACCUGGUAAAUUCAUCGUAAAAGAAAAAACGUGGGCCUGGUAACUUCGUCGUAAAUGGAAAAGCCUGGUAAACCUAUUCAACGUAAUUUCGUCGUAAACGGAAAAACACGGACCUGGUAAUUUCGUCAUAAAUGAAAAAACACGGGCCUGGUAACUUCGUUGUAAAUGGAAAAACGCGGGCCUGAUAACUUCGUCGUAAUAUUACGUUGCGUUUACGACGAAUCAUUAUCUAUAUAAUGAGACGCCGAGAGCGAGGCUGCCUCGUUCAUUCCUCCCAAACUCCUUUGCUCUCCCUCUAAGGUAAACUCUCUGCCCUCUUUUUUUUUGAAGUUAGUUUAGGUGAUUAAUUAGUUAGGUAAUUAGUUUAGGUGAUUAGUUAGAUAAUUAGUUUAGGUGAUUAGUUAGGUGACGGAAUACUAGUUUAGGUGAUUAGUUAGGUAACAGAAUAACUUUUUAAUUAUGUCGUAAUUGAUUAAAUUUAUUUUAAUUUUUUUUAGAUGGCUCCUAGGAGGAAAUCAGCAGCACCUACUUAUUCCCAGUUCUUUGGCGAUGGUUCCGGUACAUCUUCUUCCGGUCCAUCGUCUUCUGAUGCAGUUCCAGACUCUCAGCCUUCUCAGAGAGUUGCUUGGAGUCCUCCUCUUCCACCGCAGAUGCCUCCACCUCCUCCUCCAGCGGCUGCACCUCAGCCUGUCCCAGAAGGUGCAGUUCAUCCGGAUUUGCGUGUGCCUUCAUAUGCCCCAUUCGCGAGAUAUACGGUGGAGGAUUUGCUUGCCCAGCCUGGUCGGAAGGGUUUGGAUGUUCUAGACCCCGAUAGACCCCGAGGAACUUAUUGGUAAGUUAUUAAUUUUUAUUACAUUAAAAUUUAAAUUAUUUUUAUUUUCUAACGGUUAUAUUGUUUUUUUUCAGGUUUGGGGCUAACAACCAUGUUAGCCGGAGCGUUUCGAAGACGAUUAAGAGUUAUUACGACGGGGCAUAUCCGAACUGGAGCAAUACACCAAAUCACGUUAAGAUCACUUGGUUUAAAUGUUUUGCGGUAAGAUUUUAAAUUUAAUUAAAUUUUCACUUUUAAAUAUAUAUAUAUAUAUAUUUUAAUAUUUAUUAUUAAUUAUAAUUUCUUCAAAAAAAUUGUGUUUCAGCAAAAGUGGCAUUGGUCUUUGGGAAUCACCGAGAAGGUGAAGGCGGAAUUCGUUGCAAAGGCAAAGAUCCGCCUCUGCAACACAGUCUCCGAUUGGAAGGACAAGUGGGAGAUCUACGGGUAUGAGGGAAAGCCCACUGAGCUCACGAAGGAUGUGUGGGAUGGCCUCAUCGCCUAUUGGGAGCACCCCUCUUCCAUCAAAAAGGCCAAUUCGUGCUCGGCUUCUCGAAGAACGAAGGAUAAAGAUGGUCAUUUGUCCAUGCUUCACAGAACCGGACAAAAACCUCAUGCAGGAAUCCGUCUAGAAGCUGUAAGUUUUGUUUAAAAUAUUUAUUUUUAAAUUUUCAAUUAAUUUAAUUUUUAAUAUUUAAUUUAAUUUUUUUUUGUAGUUAGAGAAGACGGGAAUCUUACCAUCUCUGUCUGACCUAUUCAAGAUGACUCACGCCACAUCCGACGGAGUUUUUGUGGAUCCUGCAUCUGAGAAACUCUUACAAGCAGUGGCUUCUCGGAUUGAAGAACGGGCGACGCAAGUAACCUAGGAUUCUCCCGAUGGAUUACCCGUCACAUUGUCCACCGAAGACGCCGACAGAAUCUUCGAAGAGGUACAACUUAAAAUUUUUGUUUAAAUUAUUUUUAAUAUUUUAACAUAAUUAACUAUAUUAAUAUAUGUUUUAAUUUUAUAGGUGGCUCCUAAAAGGAAGGGACGGAUAGUCGGUAUAGGCUCUGUUAACGAAGUUGCAAGGGCAACUUCGUCAUACACUUCGAGACGGGAUGAAGAGACUUCUCAGAUGAAAGCUCGAAUGUAUAGCCAGCAAGUUCGUUUAGACUCUCUUGAGGAUUUGCUAGACGUGAUGGCCGUGGGAAACCCGGUUAUGCAGAGAAUGUUGAGUGAGAGACGAGGCCGCUCUUGAGUUGCCAGUACGAGAUCCCCAAGAGUCCGAUCCAACCCGUCAACAGCCGAGCAACCCCACCGACUACUUCGAUGAUAUGUAGUUUUUUAUAUUUCGGUUUGUAUUAUGAAUUUAAAUAUUAUUGUAUGACUUUUUAAUGCUUUUUUAAAAUAUGUU